AUGACACGCUCUUCGGCUUUAAAAAAAGAGAAACAGCUCCGACUGGCUCGAAAUACUUCCAAAUCACGAAAAAUCAUUAACAUUGUUAGAAAAAAUACACGUGAACUACAAACUUAUUUUAUUUCUAAUAAAAGUCAGUCAAUUAGCAAUGAGCAAUUCACGUAUAAAACACGUACAUUUACUGGUCCAUCGUGUCAGAAACUAACAGCUUUUCUUAAACAAAAAGGUACAGAUGAUAAUAAUAAUAUACAUGAAUAUUAUCAAAUAAUUCACAACUCAUUUUUGUUGCAACUAAUGAAAAAAACAGUUUGUGCCUCGUGCAAGUUAAUAUGGAAUGGUGAUAUGUCUGUUGCAAAACGAGAAGGUACAAUUUUUACUAGUUUCUCUCUAGCAAAAAUGAAUAAUUACAUUUAUAUUACGGAAUUAUAUUGCUCAUUGUUGUUUACAUGUUGCUGCUCUCAUGAGAUUAAAAUUAAUACAUCUAAACAAUGCCCGAAUACUUCUAAAAGAGAUAUCAAUGUUAGGAGUGUAAUCGGUGCGAAUUUUCCCGGUAUUGGUCAUCAAGGCCUCGCCAAGCUGUGUGCUAUAUUGAACGUACCACUUCCCAUUGAUGAAGAUCAUUUUUCUGAUACCCUCGAUUAUUUACUUCCAACAUUUGAAUCAUACAGGCUUCGGUCAAUGAAAAAUGCUGUCGAAGAAGCUUGCAAGAAAUCAAAUGGGCGUAAAAUUACUGUUAGUGGCGAUGGUACUUGGCAAAAGCGUGGCUUUUCAAGUUUACAUGGAGUCGUAGAAGUUUUGUUUAAUGGACCUACUGCAAAAUUACACAUUUGA